UAAAAGAAGUAUACUAAUAGCACACUUGAAUAAACUUCUUUUUGGUAAGGGCUUGGGCUCAGCAUGGAUUUAAUUUAGAUUACUUUAAUUUUAUAUUUUACAUUUUUUAAAUAAAAAAAUCUGACAAACCAGCCAAUCCAUGUUAUUUCCUGGGUACCGCCUGGUGUAGGAACUCAAAAGUGGUAUGUCUACGCUGUGGCAUUAAAAAGGAAGUCUUCUCUGAACCACCCAUGCUGUGAUUCACUUUCUACAUCCUAUCUCACACUCACCAAGAGAAGGAACUAACUGCUUUUCAGAAGACAGAAUGAAUAAAUCCUCUUGUACUCGUGUUGACUUUGAAUUUGCAGGCAGAUUUCUGCCUGCUGUUUACAUCUUAGUCUUCAUCAUUGGUCUGGUAGCCAAUGGAUGGGGAUUGAAGUCUUUGCUGCAAAACUGGAAGAAGCUACAGAUCAUCAAUGUUUUUGUUCUCAACCUUGGACUAGCAGAUAUUCUGUAUCUCUUAACACUCCCAUUUUUGAUGGUGUACUACUUUAAGGGGAGUAAAUGGAUCUUUGGAGAUACAUUCUGCAAGAUAACAAGAUUCUGCUUCAACCUGAAUUUAUAUGGCAGCAUCGGGUUCCUGACUUGUAUAAGUGUGUACAGGUACAUGGCUAUUGUCCAUCCAGUGAGAAUGAUGGGAAGAUCAACUCUGACUCACUCUGUGGGGAUCUCAGUCAUGGUUUGGUUCUUCGUGAGUGUUCAAAGUCUUCCAGACAUGUUCUACAGCAAGACAUUUGGAAACAAGCCUGGGAAAUGUUAUGAUACCACCAGUAAAAUCUAUGUUGAGGAUUACCUGAAAUACUGCCUUGGAUGGACACUCACUGGGUUUUGUAUCCCAUUCUUCAUCACACUGGGCUGCUAUGGACAUGUGACUGUCGUUCUCUGCCGCACAAAUACCACCGACAAGGUACUGAAACAGAGAAGCUUGAAGUUGUUGCUCAUCACGAUUCUUCUCUUCUCUGUUUGCUACAUCCCCUAUCAUGUACUGAAGAACCUCAGCCUGUGGUCAAGAGUUUUGUCUAAACAGAAUAUAUGCCGUGAAUGGUUCAAUGGAGUCUACAUUGCUAAACAGAUAAGUCGUGGCCUUGUGUGUCUGAACAGUGCUCUCAACCCUCUGGUUUACCUCCAUGGAAGUGAAGAUAUUCCUGCUCAGCUCGGACAACUACUCCAGCGAGCUCGGCGGAUGUCCAGCCGUCUGUUUCCGUCAAGCUCUGCUAGUGUGGCCAUGACUCAGAUCACAGAUGAAGCUUAACACAAGAACAACGUGUGUAACAGUAAAAUAUUAAACAUUAUACUGUAUAAUAUCUGUAUAUGUAUAAUUGUCUUUCUAAUACUAAUUGCCAGAUCUACAGUAUAUUAAGUUGCGUUAUGCGGUUUCGAAGGAGGAAAUACUUCUUGUUUUUGUAUAAGGCUAUUAGUAUUGCUAUGUUAAUUGUUUUAUAUAAUUGUGUUGCUACCCUUGUCUUUUGUUACAGAUGGUUCUGCUUGAUCAUGAAACUCCAUAUGGAAAUGUGUUUUUUUUCUUUUAGAACUGCAUUUAAUUGUUUGUUAGACCACCACAGGUCAGUUGUGGGUAAUGUUACGUCACCAUUUUAGUGUGAGUGCCAACUUUGGGUCAACUUGGGCUACUUCAGUUCUUCCUUUAAUCAAAAAAGGAGGAACCACGGAGAUAUAGAAAUAUUAUGCAUCUGCCUGUUGUAGAAAAACACACACAAUAUUUUGUUAGAUUUUUCACUGUGUAUGAGAUCCUUACUUCCUAUAGCUCUUACACUUCAGUGAGUCUAACAACCUGUCUAUAAUUAUGUGUCUUCUGCUGGUACAAUCCAGCAUUUCUGAAGAAUCUUAAGCACUGACGCCAGAAAGUUCAACUUUGGAAUUGGUUGUUGACCCUGAAGUUUAUCUCUGUUGAUGAAAACCCUGUUGGUGGUUGUCAGAUGUGUGCGAUACGCAAGUAAAACUGAAUAUAAAUUUACUAUAACCUGCUUUAUAUACGGUUAUGGUAACUGAUGAAAACUUACACAACAGACAACAAUUAUGAAUCAUCCAGGAAGAAAUACAGUUGAUUUUAGGAUAUAAAGAUGCAAGUUAGCUGUGCAGUUACACUGCCAUGACCUUUUGGGAAUAUGAUACAAAACAAAAACAACACAAAAUAUGGUCUUAUCAUUAUUUUAUCUAUUAAGAUUUGCAUUACUUUUAUAAUGAGAUGGUGGCCUAUAUUUUAGCCCAGAUACAUUUAGGUGCGUAGUAAACUUUGAAGUUCAGUGGACACACCUAAUGGCAACAAGUCAAACUAUUUGUUGAGAUCUGAUUUUAAGGGGUAAUCUAAACUAAUUUAGACCUUUUGGGGAGUAUUGUUGCAAUGAACAGUGGUGACAGUUGGCCCUGUGUUUCCAGUGUAAUGUGUGAAAUCAAUGAUUAACAAUUACACUAUUAGAUUAUUAUUUGUUAUUUCAUAAAUGCUGUAUUACUGCCAUUAUUUCAAUAAAUUCAGAUCACUUUUA